AUGGCCAUCAAUAUAGUUGUCCAUGAGACACAACAUGAAUGCAACCAAAAACGUCUGGAAAAAUGUUUAGAAAAAUCUGACCGUGUGAAUUCAGCCAUACUAUCUCUACAGGACAUGGAGACCAACUUCAGCACUAUGAACAGCUUCCUUUCAAAGCAGACUCUGUAUGCAUUUGGAUUUCAGCCUUUGGACCUUGGAGAAUGGACUUUUGUCAUACCUACCAUACUGGUGUUGAUCUGUUUACUAGGACUUGCUGGUAACCUGUGUGUGAUCUCCAUCUUUCUUUACAAUUCCAGAAAAGCCAAACCUUCUUUGAUCCACUCUCUGAUCCUGAAUAUCAGCAUCUCAGAUCUCAUGUUGUUGAUGUUCUCUGUGCCCUUCAGGGCAGCAGUCUACUCAAGGUCUACUUUAACAGUGGGUUGGUUUAUGUGCAGAACUGCAGACUGGUUCAUACAUGUCUGCAUGUCAGUUAAGAGCUUCACCACUGCUAUAGUUGCAAGAUCCUGUUUUAUAUAUGCCAGCAAUCCAGCCAAGCAAGUAACAAUUCCACAAAUAACCAUCUGUGCUGUUAUGACAUCUACUUGGGUCGUAGCUUCAGUUUUGCCAUUACCCGAGUGCUUCUUUACAGAUGCAAAGCAAAAUGACAGCUCCGUGAUUUGCUUAAUAAACAUACCAUCUCAGUCUCAAAAGAUGAUGGACAUUUUCGUCGAGCUUUAUCCACUCUUUGUAUACUUCAUCCCUUUCACUAGUGCAUUUUUCUACUUUUGGAGAGCAUAUGGCCAGUGCCAACGUAGAGGAACUAAAACUCAGAAUUUAAGAAAUCAAAUGAGGUCCAGGAGGCUCACAAUUAUGUUGCUAAGUGUUACUGUUACAUUUUGCAUUAUGUGGCUUCCAGAAUGGAUAUCAUGGUUCUGGUUUUGGCAUCAACCACUAAGGGGUCCUCCUCAUGCAUUCAGGACAUUAGCUCAAGUCUUAAUGCUUUCUCUGUCUUGUAUAAAUCCAUUCAUCUUUCUGGUCAUGUUGGAGGAAUUUAAAGAAGGCUUCAAAGACAUUUGUAGCAGUUUCACCUCCAAAAAAUCUUUGGUUGUAAAAGAUAAAGAUGAGAAUGAUGUUAAAGAUAAAGGCACACUGACUCCAGAGAUUCAACCAGACUCAACUUCUUCCCAAGAUCUUGUUCUUGAGCAUCCUACCACUAAUGGCUCUGUGGAGCCGUCUUGUUCUCAACAAAAACUUGGAAGGCAAGAUAGUAAGGAAAUCCCUGUUUUACCAGAUGUGGAGCAGUUCUGGAAUGAGAGGGAAGCCAAUCUAUCUGAUGAGAACAAUGACCCCAUCCCAUGGGAGCAUGAAGAUAAAGAUACAGUUGGGUCUGAGAAGUUUAGCACAAAAAUAUGUGCUCAAGUGAUAUGA